AUAAGGUCGAGUCCAACACACUAUGGAUUGCGCACAAAAUCAGAUGGUGAUGGGAUUUCCAUUUUCGGUGCUCAGGACAUAUGGAUCGACCAUUGCUCAUUGUCACAUUGCAAGGAUGGGUUGAUCGAUGCUGUCAUGGGGUCGACUGGGAUCACAAUAUCCAAUAAUCAUUUUUCACACCAUAACGAAGUUAUGCUAUUAGGCCAUAGCGAUGAUUACUUGCCGGAUACUGGCAUGCAAGUGACUAUUGCUUUCAAUCACUUCGGCAAGGAACUCAUCCAAAGAAUGCCAAGGUGCAGAAGAGGGUACAUACAUGUAGUGAAUAAUGAUUUUACACAAUGGGAAAUGUAUGCAAUUGGCGGGAGUGGUAAUCCUACCAUCAAUAGCCAGGGAAAUCGAUACAUUGCUCCCUUCGAUCGUAAUGCAAAAGAGGUGACAAAGCGUGUAGACACAGAAGAGGAGAAAUGGAGGGAUUGGAACUGGAGAAGUGAGGGAGAUGUAAUGGUAAAUGGAGCAUAUUUUGUAGCCUCUGGACAGGGUGUAGAGGUGAAGUAUGAGAAGGCCUAUAGUGUGGAGCCCAAAUCUGCUGCAUAUAUUGACCAACUCGUAAUGAACGCCGGUGUCCUCACUAGCAGGUCUUUUUUACUUUCUUUCCCAUCUUUUUCUUUUCCAUUUUUUUCUCUC